GGGUUAAAGUUUUGUGGCAGCCGGUCGCGGUUUCCGAUGACGAUCUAACGCUAGCGCACCCUUCCUGCAGCCCCAUCACAGGGUAGGCGCUUCCCUUUCUAUCCUCCCCGCGCCAAUUCGUUCAACCCUACGUUCGGCGUCCAGAAUCAUUCUGCUGGAGCUGCGCCGGGACGUCUUCUCACUGCUUUCUCCGCACGUCUCACCCACUCAAGCGUCGGCCCCGAGUCAGAGAUGCAAGCCACGCGCUCUAGGCGGACAUCGUGCACCGAAACAUGACAGCGGACAUUUGCGCAAUAGCAAAACCGCCGCCACUCGUAUCUAAUCAGAAAGUUCUGGAGAUCCUUUACUGAAUGCCACCGGCCCCAAUUGUGUCUGCUCUGCUGUCAACUUGCUUCCUUCGAUUCUUCUUUUUGUAGCCUACAACCCAUUAUAAUGUCUUAAUCUUCCCUUACUGUGCACACAGCUAGCGUGCAUUUCACCAUGAGCUCCAAGAGACUGUUCUCCUGGUCGAGACGGCAGUCCACUGUAGAGCCGUACUACAAGACGGGUGGACUUCUGCCCAUCGAGUCCAUCAGCAGCGAGCCAAGCAACAUUACAGAAGCAAAGGACGCCCAAAAGGCACGCAGGCGACCUUCCGACCUCACAAUAAUCCCUCCAGAUCACCAGCAAUUCACAUCGAGCCCCCUGUCGUCUCCAUACAAUGGCGCUCUUGUCAGCUCGUCGUCCAAUCUUAUGGCUAUCUUCAAUGAUAUGCUGCGCUCACCAACAUUGAGCGCCAGCGCCUGCCCGAGGUCCGCGUCGGUACAUAAGCCUCUGCCCACUCGACCACGCUCAUCUUCUCUACCAUCGACUCCAGACCUGCCGGUCGAGUUGCCUGGAUCUCUUCUUCAGCAGAACCAAGGCUUCCCCUAUUUCGAUAUUCAGGAUCCUGUGCCAAGUCGCCCCACAUCACAGAACGUCCGAAGAGGAACCCAUCCACCUGAGGGACAUUUUGAGGAUGAGGGCGACGUUGUUGACCUUUUGCAUUUGUUUCCUGAGCCACUGAAUCAUUCGAAAAGUGUUCCGAGCUUGAAAGCCGGGUAUCGAGAAGGCGCAAUGAAGUCUUCACGUGCCGGAGCUGCCUCCAGCGCGCACACCAACUCGAAACCACACAUAGUGCAGCACAGGAAAGCUCUUAGCGAUAUGGAGUGGCGCACGAUAUCAGCCCCGAGCUCAGCUUAUUAUGGCGACAAUGGUGCGCCGACGAGCGCUCAUCCCGAUAGCAACGCCGUCGACCGGUCGCUCGUAGAAAUUGACGCACUACUACAGCCAUCGUCAAUAAUCCUUGAAGUAGACACUCCGAAUAGACCCGCUGAGAGACGUCCAAGUCGCCGAGAUGAUCUUGGCGCUUUCCUUACACACAUACCAACGACAGCGCGCGGUAAGGUUACCGAGACCUCACAAACCACAGAUACGCAAGAUCAGACGAUAGCAACGUUGCGAUCACAUUUUAAGGGUUUGAAAACGUCACACGAAGCUCACGUGUCAAGCCUUGCAGAAGCGCAUGCUGCGGAGGUAGCGUCACUACGAAAUUACACAAAACUAUUGGAAGAGCAACUGGCACAGCGUUCAGUUCUGCACCACGACGUAACGCCUUCAGCUGAAGCCCAGCUAGUCUCCAACAACAAUCCCCUGUUUGGCGUGGAUACAGCCAGAGCCUCUACCACACCCAGUCGCAAGAGCUCGCAGUACACGGCGGAUACAUCUGCUAGCUCGACGCGUUCGUAUCGCAGCGCGCCGGAGAAGCAACAGUACUCGCCCGCUAGAUCACAAGACAACGCCGACAUGGAGAGCUUGAAACGCAAACUGAGCACUACGCGUCGACCACAGAACGGAGACCGCAAUCUUCUGCCUGAACUCAACCAAUACAAGCAGAACAAUGCCGCAUUGCAAACGCAGAUAAGCUCGUUGAUGGCGAAGUUGAACGAGUCGAAGAAAAGCGAGAAGGCAACAAGGGCAACACUGGAAGAUGUCGAACAAAGAUGCGCGAAAGUCGAACGUCAAUUCAGCGAAGCUCAACAGCUCGCGUCGAGCGCGCAAGCGCUGCAAAACACCAUUGAUCAUCUCGAGAAUCGUCUUGAACUUGCAAACUCCGAGAAAUUGGACGCGCAAGAAGAGCUUUUCAACAUGAGGGCAUUGAAAUCACCAUUCGACGCUCAAUUUCCGGACCUACACUUGCCAACACAAGAUGCUCACGAGAGUAUGGAUACAAUCUUCUCGAUCGGCUCGCAACAUGACUACCGGCACGAUUCAAAUGCGGCCGUAUCUGGGUUUGUUACGCACGUCGGACAGCUCCAGGAUGAGAUUCGACAAAAAGACAGUUAUAUUGCCGAGCUGCAGAGCGAUAGCUUACAUCUGCGACACGUGCUCGAUCAGAUGCAUCGACAAUGUGAUGAGAUCAAUUUGCAAUUGGACAUCCAGAAUGAGCUUCUGGGGAAGACAAAAGAAACGGAUGCACACAUUGAACAGCUCCAGAGCGCGGUCUUGGACCGUGAAGCUGUCAUAGCAGACAAAGAGAAGUCGGUCCGCACUGCGGAAAGGCAUCUGGAACAUCACAAACUGCUUUUGCAGGCGGAAAUACGGAAGAAUGCAACAACAUCCCGAUACUUUGCUGACAACAAUAAGCUUCCAGAGCUGACAACCCUUGCGACAAAAGUCGAUGUCGACAGAUGGAUUCAGAGGCUCAAUCAGCGUCUACGGAAAGCAAAUCCCGCGGGCACAAUCAAAGAGGCAAGAACAGCAGCUGAAGUACAGAUCGAAGACCUGCGGAACGAGAUCGACUUUUAUGUACGAGAAAUCAUCUAUUAUAAGUUGGACAUCCGAGGUUACAAGAGUGAUAUCAAAAAGCUCAACAAGGCCAUGGCACAGCUGGGCAACUAUGCGAAUAGGCCCAGCGAUCUUGACUCCGACACAUCGUCGCUGCGACUAGCACCUACACCAAACCGCGCGCGUUUCUUGUCAACGACUCCAGACUUCAGAGGCUCGGGGUAUCCUUCGCCUGCUUCGGCUGGCCCCAUCAGCACGAACAUAGGGUCGGCCCGAGACUUCACACCACCAGCAUCGACUACGGCGGAUAGUCCAGAAACAUCACCGUUGCAAACACCAGGCGACUACGGAGGAGCAGCUCCAAGGAAUUCGAUGGCAUCACAAUCAGCGACUCAGAUCAUUGAUAUGAGUACAGCCCACGGCGAUGACCUGGAAAGAUACGCCCUCGCUAUCGGAGAUACAGGACCCCCAUUUCUCAACAAUGCCUACCUCGAUACUCGCCUGAAUGAAAUUCGGCCGACCCUGGAGCGGGACGACUCCGAUGCAUCCACAGUGCGACCAGUUGUACCAAUCUCAAGGUUCUCGCGAGACUUACCCUCGGGUCCACCAUCACCCAGACCCGAGCGCGUCUGCCACUCACGUGUCGGCUCAACGUCAAGCACACGGAGCCACAGCCAACAGCAUCAUUCAACAACAGCACGACUCGAACGCAGCAUGAGCAGCUCAUCCAGCACCGGUAUUCCUUUUGUUAUUGCUAUGAGCUCGCCGAACAACCCCGCCAUCGCGGUUGCAGCGAAGAACAUGCCCGCCACACGGCCACUCAGGUCUGCAUCUGCGACUUCGAGGGCCGGUGUCGAUGGUACGAUGGCUUCCCACACGCCUCUUUCAUCACCUACGAGCGUUGCGAGUUUAUCGACUGUAGCUUCCGCGGUACCCUCAGGGCACAAGCGCAAACUCAGUCUUUCAUUCAGAAAACAAGAAAACGAGGCCCCAAGUACAUCGUCACACUCACGAGGUCUCAGUGGCGGGAGCAUACGCAGUGCAAUGCGAUGGACGAAGGGGAGCAGCAAGGAGAAAGAGAAAGAAGGUCAGAUGAGGAAGGACAGCAUGGGAAUGCCGCAGCUUCUUGACAGUCCUGUAGGGCUCGAGAGACAAACGAACUAAUCCAGGCAUGAGAGUCAAGCGAUUGGAUUCACAGCCUUCUGUGAGGAUAAGAGGGUGUGAGUUGCGGUUUCAAGUGUAUCUCUAGUUCUUGUUGAUUCUCGG